UCUGUUUUUAGUGCUCAUGUGUGUCUGAAUGAGAGUGCCAGAGUUCCUCACCGAGCUGAGGAGCGUUUCUGUCCGGGCAGAACACAUGGGAGAAUGAUUACAGUGUGUAGUCAGAGAGGCUGUAGAUUUUGGCGGCAGGCAGCGUUUUGUUAAACUUCAGUCCUCGAGCAUUUCAUUCCUUUCUGUGUUUUAAAUUCCAACGAUGGAGCCAAUAACCAAGUGGACACCUAAACAAGUGGUCGAGUGGAUGAGAGGUCUUGAUGACAGUCUCCAGCAGUAUGUACCCAAUUUUGAGAGGGAGAAGAUCAGUGGAGAACAGCUGCUCAAGAUCUCUCACCAGGACCUGGAGGAGCUGGGGGUGGCCCGCAUCGGCCACCAGGAGCUGGUGCUGGAGGCCGUGGACUUGCUGUGUGCUCUGAACUAUGGUGUGGAGACGGAUAACUUGAAAAACCUGGUGGUGCGAAUGAGAUCGGCAUCCAACAAUCUGCACAUUGGUACAUCAGAGCGCAGGAAGAGUCCAAGCUAUGAUGGCAGCAGCUCCCGCAAACCCCCCAAUGAGUUCCUUACAUCUGUGGUGGAGCUCAUCGGCGCAGCUAAAAGCCUUCUGGCAUGGCUGGACAGGACCCCUUUGACUGGGAUCAGUGACUUUACCACCACCAAGAACAAAAUCAUUCAGCUGUGCUUGGAGCUGACCACCACAGUCCAGCAGGAUUGCACUGUUUAUGACAUGGAGGAGAAGAUUCUUGAAGUUUCCAAGGUGCUGAACAAUAUCUGUGACCAGACCGUGAGAACCACCUCCGAUCCUCUAAUGAGCCAGUCGACGUGCCUGGAGGAAGUGCAGCUGACCAACAUCAAGCCCGGAGAAGGGCUGGGGAUGUACAUCAAAUCCACCUACGAUGGGCUUCACGUCAUCACCGGCACCACUGAGCAUUCACCAGCAGACAUGUCCCACAAGAUCCAUGCAGGUGAUGAGGUGAUCCAGGUGAACCAGCAGACAGUGGUGGGCUGGCAGUUGAAGAACCUGGUGGCAAAGCUGAGGGAGGACCCUAAAGGAGUGGUGCUGCUGCUGAAGAAGAGACCAGCAGGCACAUCAGGCUUUACACCCGCACCCCUCAAAAACAUGCGCUGGAAACCCCCACAGGCACAGAGCUCAUCAUCCCCCAGUAAAAGCCAGUCACCAGGCAGCAGCACUGAAUCCAGCAGCAGGAAGGAGAAACCAGCUAUCCUGGACCUGUACAUUCCCCCACCUCCAUCAGUGCCUUACACACCACGGGAAGUGAGGACCAGUUCCUUCAGCAGCGUGAACAACAGACCUAAAGGCUCAGAGUCUCCUAACUCUUUCCUGGACCUGGAGAGCCGUCGGCGCUUCACCAUCGCAGAGUACGACAAGCUAACUGUCUAUCCUGUGGAGGCCAACGUGGUGCAGACUCGCCUGAGAGAGAGAAGCUCCUCACGUGGUAAGCCACGGCCUCUCUCCAUGCCUGCAGACACGUGCCUAAAUGUGACAGACCCUUACAGCAGGCCUUGGACACAAGGAUGGAAAGGUGAGGAUCUGUUGUACAGAUACCUCAGCAACGAGCGCAUACCCACUAUCGCCGAGGAGAUCCCUACCACAGGACGAUCGUACAAAUCAACAGGGGAACGAUACGUGCGAGGGGUGGACCACGUGCGGAACAGCCGAUUUCUCGUCAACGUAGACCUCCACAACAGCGCUACCAUCCCUUAUCAGGAGGACUUUACCAAAAAGACCCCCAUGACCUCCACCCCAAAAAGGCCCCCCGCGGAGCCCUCGCUACUGGUCAGUUGGAUCACCAGGCUUAAGCUACUGACUCAUUAACGUCGCUUUGCCCUGCCCCUCUGUCCGUUCCUGCUUCAGUUUAUCUCUGUGUGGUGACCUUCUCACUCUCGUUCCUUUCUUUUUCCUCUCUCCUAACCUCAUUCUGCCUCCUUUUCUAUUUCCUUUUGUGCCUCCUCCUGCUUUUUUUGCUGUUUGACCAACUUGCCUUAUAGAACUAAACAAAAGAACCCAAACUUGCUCAAACAUAUUGCUAUGAAUGUUUGGAAACACUGCAGGGAACAUAGAAAUAGCGUAAACCUCUAAUUUGCUUUAUCCAAGAAAUUAAAGGGCUUGAUAUUUUAGUCAUACAGAACAGUAUAUUAAUAUUUUAAUUUGUACUUUAAGCCAUUUACGAGACCUGUCUACCUCAGGAAUGUCCAUAAACUUCAGUGUAUAAAAGUAAUGCAGCUGCAUUGCAUAGAUGUGUUCGAGUUUAAUUUAGAAGCUCCACUCCAUUCAGCCCACUUUGUCGAACCCCACGUUUCCAAACAGUCUGAGUGAACUGCAUAGCCACUGUCAUUAAACAGCUCCUAACCCCUAAUCCCAUAAACAGAGCAUUUCAAAGAGGGGAAAGAAAGUCUGCAUCAUACUUUUCAUAGGAAUUAGUUGCAGCAUUUGUGGACCAGUGGGCAGAUAUUUUUGGGCAGAUUCUUUUCAGGGUCAAAUGAUCUGGCUUCUUUUGUGUUAUAUUCCUUUUGUGUCAUUUUUUUAAGUUAUUUUAAUGUGUAGACCUUCUCUCGCUAUUGAUUUUCACUUGCCAAAGUGUUUUUUCUUUUACUUAUUUUUAUUGUGUAUUCUUUGCUUGAAGGGUGAAUUAACAUAAAUGUUUAAUUCUCUCUAAAAUGCUUAUCCUUAUGUUUUAAAGUAGGGGCAUUUUUUUUUCUUCAUCACAAAGCCAUUGUUGCCUGUUACCUCUGUCAUCUCUGGUUGCCUCUGAAAAAAAGCAUCUAGUCAAUAUUGUUUGUUCUUUUCCUUCAGUAAAGUGACUGAUAAGCCACUUUUAUGGAGGAACCAUACGUGCAAAAAUGUGUAGGUCACAGUAUGACUGAACCUUCACUGCAAAAAAUGAUAGCAAGUGAAAUCAUCUUAAAUCUAGUCAAAAUAUCUUAAUAUUUCUCAUUCUGAGAUUCUGUAAGAAUAUCAUACAGUGAUUUAACUUAUUUUAUAGACUUUUUUUUCUUGUUUUAAGCAAUUUUAUCACCUGGAAGUGUCCAGUGUUCCAAGUAUAAUUUUUUAAAAAGAGCAGAAUUAUCUACAUUAUUUCUUGAAUUAAGCAAAAUAAGCAAUGGAAUAAGACAAGUUACUUAAAACAAACAGAAAAGUUCACAUUUUUCAAACUUUCUGCAUAAUUCAAUUUUUGAGAUGUAAACAAAGUCAUUCAGAGGGGUUUGAUGUAAUAUGCUCCAUUCCAACAGAAUUGUUCAUGGUGGUGAAGAUGGGAACCAGACAUCCACGGUGUUUAAUAACUUUAAAAGUUCUCACAGAAAGUUGUUACAUAAAAUGGUUACAAAUACAUUGCCUGAUGCUUGAGGUUUUAGCCUUAAACCUAUAUUUUUCAAAAUCUGUUCAUGGCAGAGAGGUAUAUGCAGGGCAUAGUAAGGUAAACGUGGCCCAAAGAAAUGUUUUUCUGAUUUACCACUAUUUUACCAUUUUCAACAUUACAUAUAAAAACUCAAAGGUUGACUGGUUGUUUUGGAUAGUAUAUAUAAUGUCUAUAUUUGUGAUGCAGCAAUGGUGACCCCUGGGUCCUGUCACCACCACUGUGUCACAGGAUUUUUUUUUUGAGUUACAAAUCUUGGGAACACUGUUAAAACAUGGAGAAAAAACAAAACUCACUUUUAGCCCGUUUUCCAGACACAGUUCAAAGCCUACUUUAAAACUAAUUUGCUUUGUCAGUGAAAGCUAUCUAGGUAUCGCACUAGUCCUGUGCAGUGUCCAGAAAAUUGGCCUUUUAACCCUAAAAGCAGAGUGUUGGAGAGGUUGAAUAACACUACUUAUGUCUUAGGUUGACUGAUUCAACUUUUACAGUGUUGGUGUUGUGUGUUUAUGUCAUUGAAUGCACAGUCUACAUCUAGUUCACUGCUGUGACUAGCUCAGCCAGAAAGUUAAGAGUGAGAGUUGAACAGUAUUACCACAAGUAAUAUAAGGUAUUUUUACUCCAUUUGGACACUAUUUGUACUUUACUUGCAUUUUGUACUAUAUCAGCGGUGUGCUAUUAAAGGAGCCAAUCCAGA